AGAUCCACCCAUUCACCGGCGAUGUUCGUUGCCCAAUGCAUUAUACAUCUAAUUUCAUUCCACUAUUCGUCUACUCUUUCAAGUUACGAAACUGUCUUUAUGAGAGCCGUGCAGUGCUUCAUUUCAACUAGGAUCUCCCUCUUUCUCUUAUACUUUUUGGUUAUCUCCUACGGCGAGAUGGUCGCAUGCGAUAAUCGCGAUUGCCCUAUUGAAUGGUUCCAUUUUGAAUGCGUUGGAUUGACUAGUAAACCCCGUGGUCAGUGGUACUGUCCGCAAUGCACAGCUGAAGGAAUCAAAGAAAAAGACGACUGA